ACAAGUCGUUUCUUGAACUCAACCGAACCGUCAAAAUGGCCACCGUCAACAUUCGCCGCGAUGUCACCGAUCCCUUCUACCGCUACAAGAUGGAGAAACUCCAGUCUAAGAUCGAAGGGAAAGGAAACGGUAUCAAGACCGUCAUCGUCAACCUCAGCAGCGUGAGCAACUCGCUCGCCCGUCCUCCUUCCUACGUCAUCAAAUACUUCGGCUUCGAACUUGGUGCGCAAACCAACACCAACCCCGCCGAUGAUCGUUGGAUCAUCAACGGUGCCCACGAAGCCUCCAAGUUGCAAGACUACCUCGAUGGUUUCAUCUCCCGGUUCGUUCUCUGCAAGAAAUGCAAGAACCCUGAGACCGAUGUGCACAUUAAAGACGGCCGCAUCAUCCUCGAUUGCAAGGCCUGCGGCCAACGCACCGACGUCGACAUCCGCCUGAAACUCAGCUCGUUCAUCCUCAAGAACGAGACGGCCAAGGCGAAUGGUGAGGAUGAUGGUUCUCCCAAGGGCAGUCCCAAUGACAGCAACUCCGACAAGGAGGAGGAAAACGGCGACGUCGAGAUCGAUGCCGGAAGCGACGACGAGCUGACUCGCCGCAUCAAAGCGGGUGCUCUCCAGAUCCACGAGUCGGACACUAAGGAGAUCAAAUGGUCCGUGGACACAUCCGAGGAGGCGGUCAAGGCUCGUGCCAACCAACUCCCGGAUGACCUGAAGCGUACGGUGGUUGUCAAUGACGAAGACGACGAUGGCGAGAGUGGAGAAAACGUGUACGACGUGUUGGGAAGCUGGAUCCAAGAGCAGGCGAAGGAGAAGGGUGGCGUUACCGAGCUGAAAGAUGUUGACGUCUACCUGAAGGCCAAGGAGCUCGGGAUUGAGACCAAGCAUAAGACCCUGACUGUCCUGGCUCAGACCAUCUUCGACGACGGUAUCGUCAAGGAGAUCGAGCCACGUAGCUCCAUGCUCAAGACGAUGAUCAAGGACAAUGAGCGACACCAGAAGGCGUUCCUCGGCGGCAUCGAGCGCUUGGUCGGCAGAGAUCGCCCGAACCUCAUCCCUCAGGUCUCGGCCAUCUUGAUGAAGUUGUACGACAACGAUGUCAUCUCCGAAGAGGUCCUACAGGCCUUUGGGAACAAGGCCAGCAAGAAAUACGUCGACAUCUCUACGAGUAGGAAGGUGCGCAAGUCGGCGGAGCAGUUCAUCCAAUGGCUUGAGAAUGCAGAGAGUGAUGACGAUUCGGAGGAGUAGAAAUGGAUCGAUGGUGUGCAAAGCUACCUGUCUGCCUGGCUUGGGUCAUUCGGUCCUAGACACGUGCAACGGUGCUUUGCCUACCCACCGACCUGGUUGUGCUGAAAAUGGACUAUCGACGGUUCUAUUGUUGGGUUUACGCAAAUCUUCA